GCGCAGUGCUUUGUCGCGACGCAACACGAGCUUGUCAGCAGUCAAGUACUGGAAGAAAAUGGACGCCUUUAACUUCAUUUGCCUUUUGUAUGCAAAUCAACUUUGAGACACGCUCGGUCGUAGAAGACUUAGAUACAAAGCAGCGUCGGUGUUCACCACGCUAACAAAAACACAUAAACCCGGCUUGUCACGUGAGCAACCUUGCCCAAUCGCCGAGAGACAAGCCCCGCGGAAUCCAAUGCUGCUCUUUGUCUGGACUUUUUUGAGACCGAUCAUACUUUCCAAACUUGCUCGAUUUCGUCAAGAAUGGUUUGUGGCAGAAGGACGUGGAACGUUUUUUGUUGACGAGGACACUCAUUGGAUCCAUUGGUGGCGUAGUUUGGAGUGCCACGUCCUUAGCGCUGUCUCGUCACGUGACUCCCCUCCCCCAUCUAUCCUCGAGAAUGGGAGAAGGCGGCGGACAUGUUGGAGGGAAUGUGUUGGUUAAAAAGUAUCCAGUUGGAAGAUAAGGAGAUAUUUUGACGACAGGCUUCGCAUUGUCUUUGGAUUUAACAGUCGACAUUUGUCUGUUAUCAUUACGACUUUGGUGGUAUACUUUUGACGUCUACUUAUUUAUUUUAUUACCUAAACGAAACAUUUGCUUCGCGCAAUUUUCUACAAAGUUUGGCAGUGGACACGUUUUGGUUGUCGCCGUGUAGGUUUUUACUUUUCAGGGCAUGUUUGAGUGACAUUGUUGAGAGGCUCUAACCUUGGAGUGGGGGAUGGGUGCACGUGAUUGAGUAACCGUUUACACUUUGAAUAUGUUUGUUUUUGUUAAGUUCGACAUUCAUUUGAUGGCAUUCGUCCUUUCAAAUGUUUGGCAUCAAAGAGGUUAUGUCUUGUAGUUGUAACAGUUUCUUAAAACAUUGAAAGUGGCUUUUAAGGUAGUUUCAAAGCUAUGGUAUAAUUACUGUCAUCCUGUUGUUCCGUGUGGCCUCUAGUGUCUUUUACAGUCGUUUGAUAAUUUAGAUGAUGGCCUAAUUGGUUUUAAGAUGUUAAAACGCGUCUGUUUUUCAGCCAUUAUACCCUUUGUUCGCCACGCGGGAUUGUGUUCUCCUGUCCUGUUUCGUCUCACGCGUGUUACAAAACACGAAUAAUGGCGUUGUGUCGAAGCGUUUAUGACAUUUAAAGCAUACAUAUGCGUGUUAGGUGGUGGUUUGUCGUGGUACCUGCGCAUAAUUCGACGAUUAAAUUUGACAUCGUCGUGCUUAAAGAUGGCGACCGCCGUACGUCUGCGACUGUAAAAUGCGGAUCUUCUGGUAAGUGGGGCGGAGCCAACGCGCUUGGCUAAGAGCGUGACCCGAAAGCGCAACCAAUGGGAAUUUAUGUCUCAACCUCGAAAGCCCGCGUUGCUUGUCUAUUGGCCAAUCACCGCUGUCGCUUUGGAAACGUUGACGUAAUGUAAGAUAUAGAGGCGCUUUCAACGUCCUUGCAAUCAUUUAAUGUUGCUUUAUUAGUGGAAAGCAAAGCGUAUGAUCAUACCGUAAAUGACUAAUCUCGAUCAACACCGACGUGCAACUUUACAGUAAAGGGACGACUUUGAAUUGGUGGAAUUCAAAGACUUCACAGACGGUGUCAGGGUCUAGGGUGUGGUGACGUUGACUGGCAACACCAUGAGCCAAUAGAAACUUAAAGGGCGUGGACGUUUUGAGCAAGCUUGGCCAAUGGGCUCUGUUGUCGGUCUAUAAAGGAGCGGGUGAAACUAGGCAGGCGCCAUUUCUACGAAGUAAGAGAGGGGAACAUCGCCACUGGAGGGAGCCGGUAACGCGAAACGGGCAGAGGAACGGAACCGGAUCCUGGCUUGAAUUUAGCUAAACACAAUCCGGAUCCAUCCUGAUGGAUAUGGCCGUUAACCCGCUCAUUGACAGCUCCCAUGGUGGGGUUGAGGUUGGAAUAAUGGGGCUCACAGCAAUGGACCAGGGUUCUGGCACAGCUGGCAAACGGAUCCGGAAACCGUCCCUGCUUUACGAGGGUUUUGAGAGUCCCGGGAUGCCUCUGUACAGCCAGGCGACUCACUUGGGGCCACCGCAGCCCGCAGUCAAGGACCCUGGCCGUGCAGGGAAGAUGACCAACCAGCUCCAGUUUCUGCAGAAAGUCUUGCUGAAGUCUUUGUGGCGGCACCACUUUGCCUGGCCCUUUCAAGAGCCCGUGGACGCCGUCAAGCUCAACUUACCCGACUAUCACAAGAUCAUCAAGACACCCAUGGACAUGGGCACCAUUAAGAAGAGGCUUGAGAAUAACUUCUACUGCAGCGCCAGUGAAUGCAUGCAAGACUUCAACACCAUGUUUACCAACUGCUACAUUUAUAACAAGCCAUCUGACGACAUCGUCUUGAUGGCCCAGUCGCUUGAGAAAGCUUUCCUGCAGAAAGUGGCUCAGAUGCCCCCGGAAGAGAUCGAGCUGGCCCCCGCCCCUCCACGCAGCAGGUCCAUCAAAGCUGGAAAGAAGGGCAGAGUCUCAGGCGGAGUGACGACCGCUCACCAGGUGCCAGCUGUCUCCCAGUCCGUGUACUCGCCACCCACCCCGGAGACCCCUGAAUGCAUCAUCUCCAUGCCCCCGCAGACCAUCUUGACCAAGAGCAUGCAGCUGACCCUGCCUAGUGAGCACAGCAUCCCCUCUGUGACUGGCAUGCCCCCCAUGCAGCCCACUGCCAAGAAAAAAGGCGUCAAGAGGAAAGCAGACACGACCACGCCCACCACCGUAGCCAUGCCCUUAAUGAGUGCUGUGAGUGGCAUGGGGAUGGGCAUGGGCAUGGGGAUGGGAUUGGGACAUGACUCCCCGCUCACCCUCGGUGCUCUGGGGGUGGACCACAACUCUGACCUGGGGCUCAGCCAGGGUCUGGGCCUCAGUCCUGGCUUGGGGCUCAAUCAGGGCCUGGGCUUCAGCCAGGGCCUAGGCAUGAGCACGGCCCACGGGGCGGUCACAAUGGGCGGCAAAGCAGGUGGGGGGUACAGAAGAGGCGUGAGCGGACGGCCCAUCAAGCCACCCAAAAAAGAUUUGCCCGACUCCAUCUUGCCAACGCCGGUGCGUCGCAGCAAGCUGAGCCCCCAGCUGCGCUACUGCAGCGGGGUCCUGAAGGAGCUGCUGUCCAAGAAGCAUGCUGGGUACGCCUGGCCCUUCUACAAGCCUGUGGAUGCUUCCUCGCUUGGGCUCCACGACUACCACGAAAUUAUCAAGCAGCCCAUGGACCUCAGCACCAUCAAGAGGAAGAUGGACAGCAGGGAGUACUUAGACGCUCAGCAGGUAGCUGCAGAUGUCAGGCUGAUGUUCUCCAACUGCUACAAGUACAACCCCCCCGAGCACGACGUGGUGGCCAUGGCUCGAAAGCUCCAGGAUGUCUUCGAGUUCUGCUUUGCCAAGAUGCCCGAUGAGCAGCCGGCGCCCCUGAGCUCAUCCUCUUCCUCAUCAUCCUCGUCUUCCUCGUCGUCCGAAAGUGAGCCGAGCAGCGAGGAGAGUGAGAGCGAGAGCAGCCAAAGUUCCGACUCUGAGGAGGAGCGAGCCAACCGUCUGGCGGAGCUGCAGGAGCAGCUGAAAGCUGUCCAUGAGCAGCUCACUGCGCUCUCCCAGGGCCCCAUAGUGAAGCCCAAGAAAAAGAAAGAGAAGAAAGACAAAAAGAAGAGGAAGAAGGGUGAGAAGCAUCGGAAGAUAGAGGAGGAGUUGAUGCAGAUUAAACCUGCAAAACCCCCCAAAGCCAAAACUCCAAAAACCAAGAGCAACAAAGCAGCUGGAAUUCCUUUGAUGCCGAUUAAAAAGGCCGCAAGCAAGAAAAACAGCAAGAGCAAGUCCAAAAAGGGAGGCAUGAUGUUCAACAUGUCUCAAGCUGUCCCAGAGCCCAUAAUCCCUCAUUUCGACUCGGACGAGGAGGAGGAGACUGCGCCCAUGUCGUACGACGAGAAGCGUCAGCUCAGCCUGGACAUCAACAAGCUGCCCGGCGAGAAGCUGGGCCGCGUGGUCUACAUCAUCCAGUCACGCGAGCCGUCGCUUCGCGACACCAACCCAGAGGAGAUCGAAAUCGACUUUGAGACUCUGAAGCCGUCAACGCUGCGGGAGCUGGAGCGAUACGUCAUGACCUGUCUGAGGAAGAAGCCUCGCAAGCCUUACGCAAUUAAGAACAGCGCCGGCAAGUCUCGUGAGGAGCUGGCGCUGGAGAAGCAACUGGAGCUGGAAAGAAGGCUGAUGGACGUCAGCGGGCAGCUCAACUCUGGGAAGAAACCCCCCAAAACCAAGCUUGAGAAACCCGCCACCGAGUCCAGCACCCAGCCGUCACGCCUCAGCGCCAGCAGCUCCUCUUCAGACUCCUCCUCAUCCUCUUCAUCUUCCUCAUCCUCAGACACCAGCGAGUCUGACUCCGGCUGAGAAGCAAAAAGCUUUUUUUCCCCUUAUUUUUUUUUUACGGGGGGCCCUGCAGCAGACCCCGCAUGCACCACUUCCUGUUAAGUGGACUGGACUGGAGAGGCAGAGCAGGCCAAGGUGGCAUCAGACCCGGUGGUCCGACUGUCAGACCAGGAAAGUUGGCGCCUUCCCGCCCUCGGCUCACUCGUCCGUCCGCGUGAGGGACGUGAGACGAUCGCUGACGGGAAGCGGGUGGCUCGUUUCGGGUCCAGGGGGUUCCGAAGCCAGGGACGCAUCAUCGGGAGAGGAGUGCCGCAUGUGUUGGGGGAGGGAGGGGGGAUUAUGGGUGCUAGAGCCAGAGUCCGUCUUACUUCUGGACAUGAUUUCCCUUCUUACUGUGUUGGCUGUCUUGACGGUGUGUAGAUGUUCUGUACAGUUAUAGAACAGUUAUACAGUUGUACAGUUAGAGAACUCUUUUCUUUUAUAAAGAAGAAUUUACUUUUUCCCUCUGUGGGAAACUGGGGGGGAACUGGUGUGUUGCUGAAGCAGAUGGAGAAGUGUGCGUGUGUGUGCGUGUGUGUGAGAGUGCAUUCAGCCUGGUGGAGUUUGAUAGUUUUGACGCAGGCGUUAAAAGGGGGGGGGGGGCAUCCACAUUAAUGCACCGUGGAUGCACAUGCUCCACGUGUGUGCUAGCAUGUGCUGCACCGCUAGCUCCUCCCAUGUUGGUUUUCUGUUUCUCUGUACACUUGUUUGCUCCCUGUGACCAAUUUGCUAAUAAAACUAGCUCUUGAGGGUGGCCUAAUUUA